UAUGGAAAUGAUGGGCGCGUGCAGCCGUUGAGUUGGAGCGCGCCUAAAAACUCGGUAGGUGUCUCACUAGCUUUGACCGAGCUAGAGCAUCUGUUUAUGAGAGAGCGUAAGGUUUGGCUGUGCAUUAGUGAGGUCUAGUGCGUCGACUCAGCGCAUCGUAGUAAACUUUUACUGAAUGCAUUCGCUUAGUUCUGUAGAGAUCCUUUUUUAAGUUUCACCAUGGCGAAAAAGAGUUUUUCAACCAAAAGGUCUUUGAGGAAUUUGUUUUCUAAAAGUGAAGCAAAUCUCAAAGAGACUGUGGAGACAGAUGACAGCGGCAAAGGAACGCUCAAAUUAUUUAAACGCAAGUCAAAGAAAUCGGACAGUUUGGAGAAGAGCCUAAAGACUUCAAGAGCUGAAUCCGGGACGUUGGGAGCUGGCGACAGUGAAGCUCCGGAUGAGGAGAAGUCAACUAAACGCAAAUCUUUAUUUGGCAGUGUCCUCAGGUCAAAGAAAUUGCAAGUCAGCUACUCAGAGAGUGACCUUCGUAAAACCAAGGGCUUUGCUGUAUCCCUGUCCUGGAAGAAGAAGAAGAAAAGAGAUCCAUCUGAAGGUCUCUCAAGUGAAGUCCCAGAGGUCAAGGAUCACAUCAGUGAACAUGAAGAAUUUGACAACCAGGUAGAAACGAAACAAAAGGAGGUUGGUUUUCAGGCAGCAGAGCCUACACCAGAACCCUCCUGUACAGCUGAGGAAUCCCAGCCCCAGAAUAUCAUGAGUGAUAUGUCUGAAGAAGAUGCAGGUUUUAUGCCUUCAAAUCUGGACGGCACAUCGAUACCAUACAUUGACUGUCCGCUGUCUGAUAGCGAUGCUUAUGAGACACCCCCAGAUAGCCCAUCUGCAGAUAAAUUUGUUCAGUACUCCAUCUCUAGGUCUGAAAUGACUGACUUAUUCAAUCCUGUUCCUAAUUUGGAAACUGCAGCAAGUACUGACAUAUGCACAGUCCAUAACUCAGACAUAGAUCUGAACCCGAGUGGCGUUUCUUUUAGGGAUGAUCAACCCUUCUCUGAUUUUGAAACAUCCAAAGAUGUUGAGCUCAACACCACCAACUUAGAUGUUACUCUUAACGAAGGCAAAAUGGUUUUUCAGUCACACCUGCAAUGUCAAGAUUCAAAAGAUUCUGCCGUCCUCUCAAUCCACCAGAGUUCCACUGAUUCCAUUCAUGAAAUUUCCGCAUCUUGCAUUCCACAGACAUCCCAAAGUUCCAUUUCUUCCAUCUCCCAAAGUCUUGGCUCUUACAUCCCCUACAGUUCCACCUCUGUCCUCCUUGAUGGUUUCACCUCAAACAGUACUGGGACCCAGAGUUCCAGCUCAAACUCAUAUUCUGCUGAUAUCCUUCCAGAACAUUCCCCCAGUCGUCCACCUUACAUUAUAUCUACUGAGAUAGAAGAUUCUCAACCCAAAAACAUGUCUGUCAGCAACAGCGAUGUAGUCAGCACUGACCCCUCCAGUGCCGAUUCUGUUUCAUCCAUGCCAGAUGUGAUUGUAUCUAGCACUGUGUCUUCCUCCAGAAUCACAGACAGCAGUUUGGAUGCUGAUACUGAUAGAAAGCCAAUUUUAUCUCUGUCCAAUACUGAUGUUUCUGAAGGUGAUUUAAGCUCUACACCUCAGAGUUUAUCCACAAUCACUGCACAUUCCACUUCUGAUUCAAGUUUACUGAAAGAAACUCACCCUGAGAUUCAUUGUGAGACCAUUUCAAUGGAAUCUUAUGAAACCGACAAUUAUACUUCCUCGACAUAUGCCACUGACUCAGAGAAACCUAGCCCUGCUCAACCUGUCCUUCUUGAGAAUGAGUCAAAUAUCUCUGUACCACAGUCAGCUUUGUGGAGAACCUCCACCAACAAGUCAACUGUCACCUUUGACCUUUCAGGUCCCACAGACCCCAUCAGGCUUGACCAUUCCCAAAGAGGGAACAAUACAUCUUAUUCAGAUGUGGAAACCCGAACUGAAAUACCAGAGCACAACCAGAUAAAUCAGGAGAAUGAUCAAGCUAUAUCUACCAACCGUUCAGAAACUUCCUCAGAAUGUGGUGUCUCUUGCACUUUGACCUCUGAAGACAUGCCUGCUCUUAUAAUACAUCCUCCCCCUCACUUAAAUGUUUCAGACCAGCUGUUCAGCUCUCAAACCUCAAAGAGAGAGAUAGACACACAACAGAAAACAUACGAAGAAUAUAAAGAUUGCGAGGAAGAUGUUCAGGAGGCAUCUACUCAAGAAAGCCAUGAGUUGAUUGACCAGGUUGAAAGCACACAAGCUCUGACUACUAGAAAUGACUUUCAGGACAAAUGUGGACCAGAAAUGGAGCAAGGAAGUAGAUUAGAUGAUAUUUAUAAUAAAAAUCGUGAUGAGGUCAUUGAAAAGAGAAGGGAACUGCAAAUAGUCCAAAGCACCAACGAAGCAUCUGCAAUGCAAGGUGCAAUGGAAGCAGAGGAAUAUAGAGGUACCGAAGUGUUGACAGGUCAGUCAGAGCAGCAGAUUCACCAUCUUGCUUCACUGAAACCAGCCAUACCAGUCAAUCAAGAAUGUGGCCCUGAAGAAUGCACUUCGGCCCCUCCCUUCUCUGAGCCAGUGAAGGUAUCACUUGCGGAAUCAAGAAUGGAAACACUCAGUCACCUGGAGAUUUGUCUCCACCCCUUGCCCCCGCAGCAGUCAAGCGGAGAGAUAACAAUACUGGAGGACACGGCAAGGUGCAAAUACCAAACAAGCUUUGAUAACCACCACGCUGAGAGGGAGGAACACACCAGUGGUGAAGUGUUUGUGGAUAUUGCCACAUUUCUCACAAGAACACAGGACAGUGAAAGUCAAGAACACAGCAGUGGCAAGAUCUCCACUGCACACACUGCAGAGGAGACCUUCAGAUACGCAAGCCACAAACAGGGAGAGGUGACCGCAACAAAGGUAAAGACAGAUAAUAUCUCUCAAAGGAACUGGGUAGAAAUCAGCGAAAGUACACCAGAGAACAGAAGGGAAAACAAAGACACCACAGAUGUUAGCGCUGUUCCAGAUCAGAUACUUUCAAGAAGUUUAAUACCAGGUGAAAGGUUCCUUAAUGCAUCCACUGUUCUCAGUACAGUGAUUGAGGAGUCAAAAACAGAGAAUCAAGUGGAAACUGAGACUGGAUCUGAUACAGACAUGAACUCUGGUGUUGCGGUGCUAAAUACGACGCUCAGUCGGCCAUCGUCUCGAGAGGGCAGAGAGGACACCAUGGUGGUCCGCAAAGUGUCCCUGGUCAAGAUUGACAAAGACGGUAACUUUGGCAACCAUGAAAGUUCAAUGGACAGCAUUAGGCGAGAUCAGUCAGAACCAAGCAGAGCCAGUCCUGAGCUUACGAGGAGGUGGAAAAGUCUCCAUUCCGACUCUGAAGAAAAGCAAUCCAGCCCCACAGAGCAUUCAGACUACUCGUUUACAGAUAGCAUAUACCUACGUUCCUCUCAGCUGUCCCCCAGCUAUGAAAAAGGAAUCUACACGUCUCAUUUUCCCUCUUCCGAGACCCAGUCUACUGCUUUCUCCUCAGAGACUGACGGUAGCCACAGUAACUGGAAACAUUUUGAGAGCGAAGUUCAUCAGAGUAGUGAGAGUUACACCAGUGGGAGGAGCAGGGUGGAGCUUAAUUUACCUGUGACAAGAGAGGGAGAGGGAGAGCAGGAGAUAAGAAAAACAGUCUUCGACUCACAGGCACAUUUCGAUUCCAGCUUGAUGAUCGUGGAGGCAGAUGACUACUCAUCGGAUGUUUUCCAAGCUACACGAGUAGAGCUAGUUCCCUCACCCACUAGUCCUGAGCCUGAAGCUCAAUCUUCCUCAUCCUUCUCAGAAAUGGAUAGCCUGGUAGACACUCUCAAGAGCAUGGAGCGACCGGUCCGGCAAAGAGUUCAACGCACCCCAUCCAACACUCCUUUCUCGUCACUGCCACCUAUCAAAGAGGAUGCACCAGUCUCACCCUUUACUCCACUCUCUCCUUGUACUCCACUCUCACCAAUUACUGAGCCAAAGGUGAUGAAUGGAGUUUCUAGUUUGCCUCUAGAUAUUGGCUUUACCUGGAGUUCCCCCAAGGACAUGCGCUCUCCAUUGACCAUGAUGAAGGAACAGCAAUUCGUAGAGUCCCAGAAUCGGGGGCUCGCCUUGCCUCUGCGAGCUUCGGCCCUCAACAGCAUUGUCAUGCGCAGGGGCUCCCUCAACGACCUGAGUCCUGAAGAGAGCUCUACAACAGGACUCGUAAAUGGAAGCUCAUCUCGCCUGGAGAACAGCUUCUUCUUCCAGCCAACUGAGAAUGGCAAGGCCUCGAACCGCUCCAUCUUCCGCGCAGCCUCGCUCCCUGAGAUCGGCCCCAGUCACGAGCGGAUAAGCUCAGCCACCAAGGGAUCUGACACCUCGCUCGGUUCACGUUUCGAACGCUUCUCGUACCUUACAUCUCCAUCGAAUUCCCUCAGUGGGAUCAAUGAAACUUCCCGAAUAAGCGUGGCUUCAUCUGUCCAACACAGCUCGCAAGACACCUCCAGUUUUGACCACAAGUCCACUAUGGAACUUUACCGCUCUCUGCCCUCAGAAACUCUCCUUCAGAACUCUCAACCUUUGGGACUUCAACGCAGCAGCAGUCUUGAUGGAGGUCUUCUAAUGAAUGACACCAAGAGCUUCCAAGUGAAUAAAAAGCCUGAACCAGAGCAGAACUUACUCCUCAAAUACAGAGCCUUCCCUGAUGCAUAUCUCACAAAAGAAAAGGAGCAUGGCAAGCUUAAUCCUCGACCUGGGAAGAUGCUAAUCUAUGACAAGCCUGGAUUGACCGGUGGGAGAAUUGAAGUGCGUGGCGAUGUUGUGGACGCCACACCAUGGGAGUUUACAGACACUAUUUCAAUCAGAGUGAUCAGAGGAGGCUGGGUGUUAUAUGAGAAGCCAAACUUCAAAGGGGAAAAGAUUGCUCUGGAUGAGGGAGACAUGGAGCUGACAGAUCCAUUUGGACCGCCAGAUGAAGAAGUGGUUGUUCAGCAGAAUGGAACAACACAGGAUAAUGGGAAAGAGGACCAUGAGUCCAAGCCUCAGCCGAAGAGGAAGUUCAGCUUCGGAUCCAUACGCCGAGCAGUGAGAGAUUACAGCGUUCCUGAAAUCAGCCUUUUCCCAGAAGAAAAUGCAGAAGGCAAGAAGGUCACAUUCAGAGACACGUCAGAAGACUCCAGAAUUUUUGGCUUCCCAGUCAAAGCGAACUCUAUCAUCAUCAACGCUGGACUAUGGUUGGUGUUUGCGGAGCCCUUCUUUCAAGGUGUCCCGCGAGUGCUUGAAGUCGGGGGGAUUCCCCACCCCAGCCGCCUGGGGCGUCACACAUCCAUAUGUGGGCUCCGUACACCCUUAAAAUAG